AAGUCAAUUAAUUUUUGGCUAACUUUUUCACCUUUGUAUUUGUAAAGUGUGUUUUAGGUUCAUCAAUGUUCUUUACGCUCAUUAUUAUAGAGUCUGUUUUAGAAUUAUCUACACAACUUUUCUAAAUUAAUUACAUGAUCCUGGACAUAUUUAACAUACAGACAAUGGAAAGUGAUCAUUAGUAGGUAUAUGAGUUAUUAUGAAUCAUAGCUCAUGAAAUUUCUCUCUGGAGGUUACAAGUGACUUGCGGAUGCAUGUUUUGGAAUUCUGUACUAGCAACUUCACCUUCAUUACAAUGAGAAGCAGUGUUAACAGCACUCUUUUUGUUUCUUUUAAUGAAAUAAUAGCACCGCCAAUUCAAGACGCGCUUGCUAUACCCGAAACCCAUAGAUUUACAUAUGAUGAAUUGAAGGCCAUCACCAACAAUUUUGAUUUUGUACUUGGAAAGGGGGGGUUUGGGAAUGUUUACCAUGGUCAAUUGCAUGAUGGCACUGAAGCUGCAGUAAAACUUUUGCACUCACAUCGGAUGGUCAAAGGGACAUCAUCUGAGGAGUCCAUGUCUGCAAAUUCUGGCUCCAGAUCACAUGGGCUGAAAGAGUUUCUAGCCGAGGCUCUUCUCUUAUCGAGGGUCCAUCACAGGAACUUAGUGUCUUUGAUCGGGUACUGUAGAGACAGCAAUCAACUUGGACUUGUUUAUGAAUAUGCUGCUCGUGGAAGUCUUAGAGAUCAUCUUUCAGAUAAAACUGGAAGUAGCCAAACAUUGAGUUGGAGAGAACGAAUUCAGAUAGCAGUGGAAGCCGCACAAGGUCUGGAGUAUCUACACAAGGGAUGUGUGCCACCUAUAAUCCAUAGAGAUGUGAAGACUAACAAUAUCCUCUUAACAUAUGACUUUGAGGCAAAGGUAGCAGAUUUUGGGCUGUCAAAGCCUUUCCUGACCGAUGCCCAGACUCACGUAUCUACUGAUGUUGUGGCUGGCACUCCAGGAUACAUAGAUCCCGAGUACUCUGCUACCUUCCAGCUGACUGAAAAAAGUGAUGUAUACAGCUUCGGAGUUGUUCUUCUGGAGCUGGUUACAGGCCAAUCAGCCGUGUUGGAUCAACCAAAAAGGUGUCACUUAGUCCAAUGGGUACGAUCGAGGCUAGCUGAAGCCGACAUCACUAAGGUGGCUGAUCCAAAACUCGGAGGGCAAUACAACAACUGCUCGAUCCUAAAGGUCAUUGAUUUAGCAAUGCGAUGUGUUGAUAUUUCUGCUGAUCAGAGGCCAACCAUGACCCAAGUGGUGAUGCGAUUGAAGGAGAGUUUGCAACCAACCGGAGAACAACAAUGGAAGUGUGACCCAAACGCAUAUAUGGAAAUCAAUGAUGCUGGGAAUAGUGGAAUGGCAAGAUAGCUAUGCUUGCUCGCCUCUCACUUUAGAGUUUCCGUUUGUCAAAUUUGUAAAUAUAAAAUUGUGUGAGAACAAAUUGUGUUUGGAUCAUAAUGUUUGAUGAGAGCUGGGUAGGCUCCAAAAGUCUCCUCCUAUGAGAAAUCAUUCAUCCAUGUAUGAGUACUGCCUGUGUACUUACUUGCAAGCAAGUAACAGGUGAUUCUUUCUCUUGUAACAGCAAAUGGUGUACAAACAAACGCCGAUAUUUUGUAUGGCUUA